GAUGAAUCUACCGAAGAGUGCACUAAAUUACGGACGCCUCCAAUUAUGAACACACAAAAAUCAUUGAAAAGUACAAAUUACGAAAAUGCGAAGAGCAACAAAUGUCAAUCAAGAUCAGUGGAUCAAUCAUCCAAUGAAGUUCCGAAUAAACGGACGAAGCACUUACAAGAUGGAUUUUUGAAUAUUUCAAAUAUUUUGCAGGACAAUGAGCACAACAUACAAAAUAAUAAGACAGAAGAUGUUGUCGACAAUAAAAUUGUGCUUCAGUAUUUUAAAGAAAUUAUCCGUCAGCAAUCAUACUUUAAGACCCAGUUAUGGCAAAUAGCAGAUGAUUUAAAAGAUAUGAAAAAUGAAUUGUUGCAACAAGUUCAUCAACGGCCCAAUGUAACUGAAAGAGAAGAGUCUAUUUUUUCUUUUCCUCAUCUUCCUUUUAAUUCGGUGGAAGAUUUAGAAGAGCACGUGGAACAAUUUUUAAAUCAACCGAAUAAGUUCGAAAUAUCGGUUAAAGAAGUAUCCAGAGUAGGGGGAAAAAAUCCUUACGAAUUUAUUAAGCGCAAUUGUACUCGUUUGUUGACCAACGAGCUGGCUGAAAAAUAUAGUUGGCUAGGAGCAAAACAGAAAAGGAAAUUUUGUCAUUUAAAACUCGCUGACUUGCUAAUUGUUUCCGGUCAAGAUAGUAAUUCCGAAUAUAACAAGAAAGUUUUAGAAGAAGCAGUUCAGAAAUGGCUGCGAAGAGCUAAAGAAAGAUUAAAUGGUGAAAAGAAGAAGCAAGAUAAACAAAGAACUGAAGAAGACUCAUCAUAACUAUAG